AUCGCACACUGUAAACUGUCAAAAAAUGAAUGAUUGCACCAUCAUAUUGCCGACGGAAAAGGACAAGUGGCUAACUUUCCGCAACGUAAACUACAAGGAGCGAGUACCCUUCAUCGUCUACGCUGACCUGGAAUCCCUACUGCGGAAGACACAACCUGAUACGGAGCUGACGACGUAUGCCUAUCAACAACAUGAGGUAUUCAGCAUUGGAUACUACGUGCGAUGCUCAUAUGACGAUGCGUUAUCCGCGUACCGGUUUCGUCGCGAUAAAGAUUGCGUCACGUGGUUCGCCAAACAACUCGAAGAAUUGGCGCAUCGGGUUAAAUGUAUUUUAUCCGCUAAUGUUCCCAUGGAAACGUUAUCAAAAGAGCAAUUGAAGGCAUACCGAAGCGCGACGCUUUGUCAUAUCUGCAAAAAAUCAUUCGCGCCGGAUGAUAAACGGGUACGUGAUCAUUGUCAUCUAACCGGUCGUUACCGCGGUCCCGCGCAUUCUUCUUGCAACUUAUUUUAUCGAAAUGUAUCAUACAUACCGGUAGUCUUCCAUAAUUUAUCCGGAUACGAUUCAUUUUAUUAUUAAGGAAAUAGCGACAAUAUU